AUGAUAAUAACAACGUUUUAUUACAUACUUUCUCAUCUGAGUGAUGAUUUGAAAGCUCGCCCAACACAUGUAUCGUUACCUCCUGAAGAAGCAGUAGCCGUCACGUUGAGAUACCUGGCGACUGGUUCAACAUUAUCGGAUAUGUACUACGAUUACCGAAUUGGCGUUGCAACUCUCAGCCUAAUAAUACGACACGUUUAUGAAAAAACACUAACAUUCUCACAGGAGGCGUUACAAGCACUAGAUGAUGGAAAUCUUUCUGACUUGUUGUUAUCUUCUGAUGACGAAGAUAAUUAUGGAGAUUCAAUUCGUCCAGCACCCUUACCUACUGGAGUUAGCGCAGAUGUAAUUUACCAAAAUCAAAGGGAAUUAUUUCCACCAAAAUCUGAUUACGACGAAGGACCUAGCGAAUUGUAUAACGGCGUCCCUGAAGAGGAACCAGAAGAUCCGGUCAACUCCUGUGAAAUGGCGGAGAAUCAAUCAGAAAUACCUUCCACAAUUGAAGAUAUUUUACAGAACCUCACACCAAAACAGAGGAUUGCAUGGAGACACCGAGAAUUGGUAAAUACCAUACCAUCAGAUCUGGCAGUUGUUCAGGCAUAUCGAGAAUACCAAAUAGAUAACGACUUAUUAGGCACUCCAAAAAAGCAACGACUUACUUUGCUUCACUUUCGUCGACGGUUGGCUGACAGUUUGGUGCUACAAGAUAAAUUUUCUAUCGCCAAAAGAGGUCGACCAAGUAACAGUAGUAGCCCAAUGAUGCAAAUUAUACAAAGAAGGCCAGGAGAGAUUUGCCCUGCAGCUGAAAUAGCUCGUGACGGUGUUGGGCAUUUCCCUGCACAUGAUGAUGGAACUUGGACUAGGUGUAAAAUGGUGGGAUGGAAGGGAAAAUCGCGUGUCAAAUGCAUAAAGUUACAAUUGGCUGAAAGUAUUGUUGUGGCAUACAACAAAUUGGAAUCUGCUAUAGUUUGA